AUGUUGGAAGAGGAUCGGCAGGCUUUGCGCAAGAUGAAGGCCGAUUUCGAGGCCCUCGCCGACCUGGCGGAUAGCGACUUCCGAGGAUACAACACCUUCGAGAGGCAAAUGAACCACUACAAUACCGUCUACACGGCGGCAACACGGAACACAUCGAAGUCUGCCGAGUACCCCGGCUACGACGCCGGGGAGCUGCUGUACAUGGAGUACAAUGAAAUGCUCACUACCUACCUGUGGCGAUACCGCGACCUUUCCGGCGACUCUGAACAGGAGCUUUUUCAGAAGAUUUUGGACGUGUGGGACCACUACAAGAUCCUAAUGAAAUGGAACAUGCGGACGUUCGGAUACCUGUCUCGGUACUACAUUGUGUACCAUUCAAAGCCGUCGCUUCAGCAGGUGGGUCUGAGCAUUUUUCUGGAGCAGGUCUUCAAGAAAAAUGCUGACGUAGUGAGGUCGAUUACGCAGAAGCUGCUUCUGAAAGAGAGGGGGGAUCGUGUCGUGAGCACCGACGGAAAGCAGAUCUCCACGGCAAUCGGACUUUUUUCCUCCAUGAACAUCGAGGACACUCAGUCAAUCUACGUCACCGCGUUUCUAGAGCCCUACUUGGAGAAGACGAAGCGGGACUAUGAGCGGUUUUUGCAGGAGUGGGAUGCGGUAGCCGACGCGGCGGUCUUCCUCCGCUGCGUUCACGAUGCUCUCACGCAUGAGCGGAGCAUCUGCCGUCGCUACUUCUCCACGCAGGAUGAAGAGCGCAUUAUGACGUGCGUCGAGGCUGCCCUUGUCGACUCCCCCGUCACACGGCGGAAGCUAGUGGACUCGCCUUCCGGUGUUCUAGCGAUGUUGAGAAGCCGCGAUGAGGCCCAGCUGCAGAUGUGCAACAGCUUCUUCUCCAGGCGCGAAUCUGGCAUCGCACUUCUCGCGGGCUUGAUCAAAAAGGAAAUCGAGGCUGAGGGUCUGGAGCUGUGCGAGAGGUUCAAAGAUGAGGAGGCUUCCGUUGAUGUCGUGGCCUACACCACGGGGAUGAUGCACUUGCAGGAGGUGUACCCUCAACUACUGUCGCGCUGUUUCCAGCUCGACUUCACUCUCUCCAAGGCUGUUCGUGAGGGGCUCGAGGCAUGCUACAACCACGGCGUUGCCGUCACGAGCAGCUGCAGUGGUGUCGAAAGCCGCAUCGUGCCCUUCUGUGAGUGGCUCUCGCACUAUGUGAACUACCUCUUCCAGCAGGAGGCGGGGCCAGGCAGUGCAGAGAUGGAUCGCAUUGUAGCCACUUUGGCGUAUGUGACGGAGCGCGAUCGCUUCAUAGCGACAUCUCGCGAACACAUGGCCGACCGCAUUCUCUUGCCUGUUAAAAAGUUCAGCGAGGCAAAUGAGCGCGCGCUUAUCCAGCGUUUCCGGCAGCGCUGUGGCCCGACCAGCACCGCGUGCUUGGAGAGCAUGCUACACGACUGGGAGACGUCCAACAGUUUUCGUGCAAUGGAGGUGCUGGCAAAGAAGAACGUACCCGUGACAUUCGAGGUGGAACUCCUCGUUGCUAAGAAAGGUAUCUGGCCAUCUCGACUUUCCGACGAGCCCGACAUCGUUGUUCCGCCAUUCCUGCAGCGCAUCUUGGAGCCGCUUCGCGAUGACUAUCUAGCCGGUAAGUCAGGCCGUGUGCUGACGUGGUCGCACGAGUGCAGCAGUGGCGAGCUGCAGGGCUCUUUCAAGAAAGGCACUCAGCUGUUUUUUGCGUGUGGCAUCCAAGUGUUGAUUCUUCUGUGCUUCAACUCAUCGCCAGUGUGCACCCCCCAGCAGAUUGGGGACCGCUGCCAUGUUACGUUCGCCUCACUCCAGCGAUACCUGCCGCCUCUCAUUCGCAGCCGCAUCCUCACCAGGAAAUCUGGGAAGGCGCUCUUGCAGAUGGAUGACGAGCUUACAGUCAACGACGAGUUUGUCUGCAGAGCGCGGCGGAUGCGAAUUCCUCCGUCACUUGCGCGCGUGAGCGUUGGCGAAAGCGAGCACAUAUCAAAGCAAGUCGAAGAGGACAGAAAGCCGGCCAUCGACGGAGCGCUGGUGCGUAUUAUGAAAGGGCGUCGCUCCCUUGACCACGCGGAGCUAGUUCUCGAGUGUCAGCAGCAGCUGAGCUCACGAUUUUCACCGGAUGUCAAGCUGAUCAAACAGCGGAUAGAGGAGCUGAUCCGACGAGAGUACAUUAGCCGCGAUCCCCGCAGCAAAGGCGUCUACCAUUAUAUUGCCUGA